AUCCUCUAGUACUUUGGGUUUAGGUUGGACUCCUUCUACUGACACUUUUCAUAUACCAGUAAAAGAAAGUAUAUAUAUAACUGGACCACCAAUCACAAAACGAUUUAUUAUGUCAAAUGCUUUUAAAAUAUUUGACCCGUUAGGAGUAUUAAGUCCAGUUAUUAUUACGUAUGCGUGGGCAAACUCUUCAACCUAAAAUGGGAAAUCUUCCAGAACAGCGGAUUGCCCCAGAUUACCCUUUUUUAGCUGUAGGAGUUGACUACGCAGGUCCAUUUCUUAUCUUGAAUCGCAAAGGACGAGGAAGCCGCUUAAUUAAAUGCUAUUUGUGUAUAUUUGUUUGCUUGCGUUUCAAAUGUAUACAUUUAGAAGCUGUUAGUGACUUAACUAAAGAAGCAUAUAUAAUGGCACUUCGCCGUUUCAUUGCUCGUCGAGGACGACCAACGGAAAUAUUUUCUGAUAACGGUACCAAUUUUGUAGCUGCAGCGCGAGAAUUAGGUUCAUUUAUCAAACAAAAUAAAGAUUCUCUGUUUGACUUUGCAAGUCAACAAUCAAUUAAAUUUAAUUUCAUUCCGGCAUAUACUCCUCAUUUCGGUGGUAUUUGGGAAAGUGGGGUAAAAUCUGCUAAGCACCAUAUACGGCGUGUUAUGGGAAACUGUCAUCUUACUUUUGAGGAAAUAUCAACUUUAUUUGCACAAGUAGAAGCAAUCCUAAACAGCCGUCCCUUGUGUCCCUUGUCAUCUUCUCCCGAUGACCUUCUUACCCUUUCCCCAGGACACUUUCUUAUUGGUCGACCAUUAACUUCGCUGCCUUCUAAAGGUCUUGAUGAAUUCAAAUUUAGUCACUUACAAAGGUACCAGAGAAUUGAGCAAUUAAGACAGCACUUUUGGAGACGAUGGCAAAAGGAGUAUGUGGUGGAAUUGCAACAGCGCACUAAAUGGAGAGAGAACUCUGCCAAUCUUAAUAUUGGGGACCUAGUGCUGAUAGCCGAGGACAAUACUGCCCCUCUCUGCUGGAAGUUGGGUCGAGUGCAGCGGCUGAUAAAUGGAUUAGAUGGAGUGGCCAGAGUGGCAGAAAUUAAAACCAGCAGCGGCUGCAUUACACGUUCGUUGGUCCGGCUGUGCAAGUUGCCGGUACAAGAAGAUUAAAUGAAGAAUGUUGAAAGAGUUUCAACGGCCGGGAGUAUGUUGCGACAUUGCGCAAUGUUUAUAUCAGGCGCAUUUUUGCAUUAUAAUAAUUGUAAGGUGGGGCGACGUGCGCCAUCACUUCUCUUUGUACUCGACUAGCGAAAGGUCAUAUUAAACAAGUUUGUACAAGAA